UGAUGCCCCAUUGAGAGUAAGCUGUGGCUUCUGACAGCCUGGUCACCCUACAGGAGAGUACUACAGUCUCCCUGAGGCUUCCCAGUGCUUCUUGGCUACCCACCAUUUCUGUCAGUGUGUCUUUGCACCUCCUCCCCCCUCCACCAUGGAUUUCCUCUCAGAGAGGGAGUGUGUGGUGUGUAAUCAGCUGACAACAACUGAUUAUCCAGCAACACACCCACUCUGUCCUGUUCACUUAGAGCGGAGCGAGAGAGCACAAGUGGAGGAGAGAAAAGAAGUGAAGGAGGCGGAAGCUGUCUGGACUGAGGGGAAGGAGACGACAGGAGGAAGUGGGAGUAGAUAUUUCACUAUGGAGGAAGGACAACGACCUACAUCUGAGAUCUACCUCCCAAGCAUCAGCCUUGGAUCUGUUGAUGGCGAAGCAGUGGAGGACCAUGAGCUGCCAACCAUUUCUUUAUCCAAAAGCUCAACAGAAAUGGUGAGUGGACCUCCUCAACGAAUGGAGCUGGCAUGGUAUCGUCAGAAUUUGCGCAAGAGUGUCAGCAGUUCAGCAUGCAGUCAAAGGCCUAUCAGUCUUGGUGGACCAGCGGCUGGAGUUCCUGUGAACGUUUGUGACCAUGAACAGGGGAGCUUGUGCAGUGGCAACAGCACCCCUGAGACUGUAAUCUGGCAUGGAGGAACUGCAAGAUCCUGGAGCUUGAUGGAGGACUCCCCCAGAAGGACUCCAACGCAGGAUCUAUUCCUGGGGCAAAAUCAGGUCCAUAGUGGUGUGAAUUGUGUUCCACACUCGCCAUCCACAAAUAGAGAUUUAAAGAUGAAGGGUCUGGUUUGCAGGGAGGCAUGUUGUCGAUGUUAUGGACCUGCAAAUAACAUGACAGGAUGCAGCUGUUGCAGAGUGGCUUGCAGAAUGAGUUCUUCAGGUCUGAGCAACAGCUUCACACCACAGGGAGUGAAUACAAAAGACCAUGCUCAGAGCAACUGUGAAGGCCAUCCUCUAACUACAUGCCAUAGAUCUACGUGUUCUGGUCACGUGACGAACACUGCCUGUUUGAGAAAUGCUUGCAGUGUUGUUCCAUGCCCUGGACAUGUGAUAUCUCGGCCACCUUGUGCAGGAAACCCCUGUGCAGGACAAAGAUCACUUCUUCAUUCAGGCUUGCUUGGUUUUCCACCACUUGUGUCAUCUGUCAGCGAGACCAGACUUGACAGCCGGACUACAGGCCAUUGCUGUGGAUCCGAGUUAAGGGGGCAGAACUCCUCCUGCCUUAGACUUGACCGGACAGGUCAGACUAGUCUUAACAGGACAGUCAAAGAUGCCACGACCAUGACAUCUGACCAUGAGAUCAGAGAUAUUGGUGUGCAGACCAUGUCUGAUUCCCUUGUUUCCCCUCUUUCUCACAUGUUUCCUGAAAUUAGUUUGAGAGCGGAUUCUACCUCGGAUGCACCUUUGACAAUAGAGCACAUGUGUCAUAGGACCCCUGUAAAGGAGGUGGAAUGGGAUGCUGAGGGUAUGACCUGGGAGGUGUAUGGUGCAGCUGUGGACCCUGAAGAGCUUGGCCUGGCAAUCCAAAGGCAUCUGGAAAUUCAGAUCAAAGAGACUGCAGCCGCUGCAGCUGUGGCUGCUCAAAUGGAAGACUCCACGGACAAUACCAGCAGCCUGGCACUGCAGCCCACGCGACGAAAGAAGAGUGAAAGCGUUAUAAAAACACUGCGCAGUUCUGCAUGUUGCACUAACCCCAGUACUGUGGGAGACUAAAGCAACUAGUGCAGGGCCUGAGCUUGCCUUAUCGGUAUGUGGGUGCCUCGGUUAGGCGUAAGGUAUAGAAACGGUACAACUUUUGUUGCAAGGUGGAAAUGGAUGGAAAAUGGCUAAUGUCCUUCAAAUAAUAUAUCUAAAUAUUCCAAAGCCUUGUCUGCUUAGCUAUCAAAGCCCUACUAUUGGAUCAGUAAUGUGGUAAUGUUCAGAGAAACACUGAAAGCUCAUGUUGCACAGAACUACUGAUUAAAGUUUACAGAUAACGGUAUGUUUCCACACAUGGCCUUGUCCCUGUCUUGACCUUUAAUGUAUCUUUUGGAUGCCCUUUUUUGGC